CUCUGCCCCCUGUGUUGGUGUUGCUGACCCAAAGGUCGGUCAUCCUCCUCAUGCUCGACCGUCCAGCCGCCUGCGGAGUCGCCCCCCGCCCAUGCAUCUCUCGAGCGUCUAAUUCCUCACCACCACCACGCGGCGCACACGCAGCCCACCGCGCGUAGCGUGCGUCAGUCUUUGUGUAUCCACCGUGGACUGAACACGAUGACACGGUGAACAAAGAACACGGCCGUGAUGCGCCAAAAGCGAGACAAUUCCACCUUAAAUGGCGUCGCGAGCGCCAUCUUCGGUCCACCUUAAGCGCACAUUGUGGCCGACCGACGCAGAAGUGCCGAGCGGGCUUCCGUAGCGGCUCUCCAGCCGGGGAGUCGCACUCUGCUGAAGCAGCUUGGACACAGCAGCGCCACUUGAGGACCACCAAAUACACACGUUCUUCGGCCGAGCCCCCGAGGAGAGCGGAACAUGUCCGGACCCAACAAGUACCAAGAGUGGAUCCUGGAAACGAUCGACUCCCUCCGCUCGCGGAAAGCGCGUCCGGAUCUGGAGAGGAUUUGUCGAAUGGUCCGUAGACGACACGGGUCAGACCCGGACCGAACCAGGGCAGAACUGGAAAAACUGAUCCAAGAGCAGACUGUGCUUAAAGUUAGCUACAAGGGCUCGAUCUCGUACCGGAACGCGGCCAAGGUGCAGAGGAAAAGCAGAAAGAAGAGCGAAGACCCUCUGAACAACAACAACGGCGACAGCGCGCUCAGCUUCACCGACCAGGAGGACGACGCGGAGCCCAGCCCGUCUCGGCAGCGGCCGGCGACCAGCAAGAAGCAGCGCGACUCUCCCUCCAGCGCGACGAGCGGAAACGGGAGCAUCGGCGGCCACGGGCCGGCGGCGGCCCGCUUCGACGGGCAACAGAAAGCAAGUGCAUCCACGGGAGCACAGGCAGUCCGUCCCGGCCACGGCGAUGCCUCCGGAGAUGACACGCACGACCAAACUUACGCAGCAGACGCCAGCACACGCGAGCACAAACUUCCAGCCGAGCUGGCGGGGGGCACCGGAUCCAACUCGGACCUGGGCGACCGGCUGGCGGCUUCGGUCCGCAGCCUGUCCGAGAGGAGCCUACGGGGGACCGCCGCCGCCGCCAGCAAAGGCCCCGUGAAGCCGCUGGGGUUCAAGGAGAUUUGGGGCCAUCUGAGCAGCCGAGAGCGCCUCUCCGAGGAAAAGCUGACCAGGGGCAAAGUCAAAAUGGUCAUGGAGAGAGAGGGGGCCGGGGGCAGGCUGCGCAGGACCCGCUGCGGGAACAUUACUCUUCCUCUCGGGAGGGUGACGACGACCGUGCAGGCGCCCGCCGGGACUCUGGCAAAGAUAAAGGAGAGUGAGCCGAUGAAAGAAGCCAAUGAAGAAGAUGGUGUGCAGGAGGACAGUGAGGAAGAGGAGGAUCCCAGGAGUUCUAAUGAGGAAGGAGGACCAUCCCUAGUCUCCAUGACAACCACAGCAGCACUUGUUGGGAAAGCCAGUGAAGAUAGCGACAUCCAGAAAGCGUCGGAAGAUGAGGAGAGCCUCUGUCAUCAACCGCAUCGUGACAAAGUCAUGGAUCCACUUAGUAGGACUGGGUGUCCACCUCCUUUGGGUGCGCCCCCUUCUAUGUCCAUCACAGCAUAUGUGGAAAAAAGACCUGCCACACCUGAUCAGCCACCUAUGGACAUGCAGAGUCAGAUCCAGCACAACCAGUCAGGCUUUAACGGUGUUGAAUGUAAGACAGAAGUAGGCGUGUCCUCAUGCCUGCUCACACCCACGGCCUCGCCAAGAGACACUGGCCUGUCUGAAGAACACGGGAUCAACGGUGGCGUCACUAAUGGGGGGUUUAUAAAGAUGGAAGGGGUCAGGAGGAGCCCUGUGGACUGGACCGUGUCUGACGUGGUCACUUAUUUUACCUUAGCUGGUUUCCCUGAGCAGGCCGCUGCCUUUGGCACACAGGAAAUCGAUGGGAAGUCUCUUCUCCUCAUGCAGCGGAAUGACGUUUUGACUGGUCUGUCAAUCAGGCUAGGCCCCGCCCUCAAGAUCUAUGACCGUCACGUGAAGGUUUUGCAAAAAACACACUUUGAGGAUGACGACUGUACAUGAAACACACAGGCUGAAACUCAAAUAUUACAACAACAAAAAACAACACCACAUCCAUCCAUCCAUCCAUUUUCCGUACCGCUUAUCCUCACAUGUACACGCUUAACUUCCUCAUUUAAAAAAAGAAAUAUUUUAUAUCAGUCUGUCCACCAACAAUCAAACAAUGUAUCUUUACUUAUUGACAAUGACAAGAUUUUUUUUUUUUUUUUAAAUCAUUUCUCUGUCAAACUGCCCUGUGUUUUGUUUAUUGACGGAUACAGUCUGUCCAGCCAUCCAUUUUCUAUACCGCUUGUCCUUGUUAGGGUCCCGGGUGAGCUGGAGCCUAACCCAGGUAGGGUACACCUGCCUGGACUGAUCACCCGUCAAUUGCAGCGCACAUAUAAACAAACAAGCAUUAACACUAACAUUCUCAUGAUAUUUCAUUCAGUGUGUUUAGUUAUGUCAUGUUUUGUCCAAUUAAUUUUUGACCUUGAUAGGAAUUAAACGAUACAAACUCAAUAAUACUGUGAAUAAUAUUGUGAAUUUACUUCCUCUCUGGCAUUAUGUAUCAAACAGCAUUAUCUUUUUUUUUUCUUUUUUUUUAAAGCAGAAUGUUCUUGCACAUGAUCCUAUCCAAGUGUACCUAAUAUUGUGGCUGGUGUUCAUGGAGAAAUAGAUGCUAUGUAUCCCGAAGAAAUCUGGUACUGUACUGUUCUCAGCUAAAUGCAACAAAAUAAUUAUUCGCUCAAGCAAACAAUUGGUUGUGUGAGUUUAAUCUAUAACAUAAAAUAUUUACCAGCUAAGUCAACCGGACAAAAAACUGUUAGGUGUAAAUAUGUAAAAAUAUUCAAGCCUCUUUGACAAGAAUUUGUAAAUCACAUAAAGGCAAUGAUGCAAUUGAGUAAAACAGUUUCAAGUAAUUCAACUGCUCUCAUCAAGCAGCCGUUAAAUCAAACUCACAUGCAACAAAAAUUACAGCUUCUGCAGUUUUAUAGCACAUAAAUGAUUAUUUUGUUAUUCAAAUCUAUAUAUUUGGUUCAAUUUUACGAAUGUUGUACUCCACGAGCAUGACUACCUCUUUCUUUUGUCUCAUUCCCCCCUUCAACUUUCUCUUCAAUGUCCAAGAGCACAUUUUCACUUCCUAUUGAGGUGUUUGAUGAUCCUUUUACAUACAGUAUACCCGUAAGUGUUAAACAUCUUUGCUUCUCACAUGCUGUAUACAAUCAAGUUUUGUCAUACUUGCUGGUUAUUUGCCAACCUUUCAUAAUAAAAUGUGAAUUAAAGAA